AUGAGUCUGCGGCGCACGCAGCAGGCAUGGGGCGGCCGCGCUGCCGGCGGCGGCGCGAGCGGCGGCGGGCCGCCCGGGGCACCCCAGCUCGCGGCGGCGCGGCAGCAACAGCAGCAGCAGCAUCAGAACCCGCCCCUGCCGCCGGAGGCGCGCGAGAAGGUGGCCGGCCUGCUAGACCGGCUAAUGGGUGCGGACGCGGCGCGGGCGGCAGACGCGCAGGCGCGCGCAAUGGGCAGGCGGCAGUGA